CCGAGUAUACUAUGGCCAAAACCUCAGAGGGAUAUAUAUCGUCGGUCAUUUUGAAGCGCGUUGAUCCCAAGACCCGAGAAACGACCGUCCUUCCUCCCAUGAAACCCCCUCCGUCUCACAAACACCUGGCGGCGCAAGCUACCGCGUUGGAGGCUCGCCAUUUCGCUGCGGCGUAUGCGCUCUUCCGGGUGUGCAACAUGAAGAACUUGCACAUGAUGCUCCCACCGGCAUACAAGAAGCUCUGGAAAGAGGACUUCUCGCAAAUCAAGGCUGCAGACAGUAAAGAAGGCCGAGGGUGGAUGUAUGAGGCCGACCCUUUCCUGGCCAAACAAGAACGAGAGAGCGCUGCGGCAGAUCUAGAAAAGAAACGCAAGGAGCGGGAGAAGUCUCAGGCGAAAGAAGCCAGCAACAAAACGGUCGAUUUGGGAUUGGGGUCGAGUGGGGAGAAUAAGGGAAAGCGAAUCUGGUCGCAAGCUCCGAAAGUGGACAUGGGAAACAAAGUUCGUCGGGAUAUCGAAGGAUUGUUGCGGCAGCAUACCAUUUGGAACCCUUACAAUGUGCAAAUCCCGGAGAAAGAGCGUAAAGCCAUGAUCGACGAGUUCGCGCGUCUAGGCUUCCGACGCAGCCACGUCGAAGAGGCCGCCGCCGCAUGCAAAGACCGGGAGGAGGUUCUCGAGUGGCUUCUGAUCUACGUUCCAGAGGAUGACUUGCCAUCUUGGUGUCUACCAGAGAGGUAUUCUGCUGGCGUGAGUCUCGCGAGUGAUGACCUUGCAAAGGAGGCCAAGAUCAAACGGCUCUCUGCCGUCGGCUAUCCUGCCGACCUUUGCUCGCGCAUCCUAGACAGCAAGCAAGGCGACGAGCUUGCGGCUGCGGAGUUCUUACAGGGCACCCUGGUGCAUGGAGAGAGUGCAUCUGCCGGCUCGAUUUCGGUCGAAGAUGCGGAGGAUCUCUGGGCCGAAGAGCAAGAGACCCUGGAAGCCAUCUUCGGGGAACGAUACCGUCGGAUCUCACCCAAAGUCUGCGAGAUUCACGGAGAGUCGCCAAGUGCUUUGGAAAACAUGUCAUUUCGCUUCCAGAAGCCUUCUGGCCAUUAUCCGUCAUCGGUGCCGGUCAUCCUGCUCCAGACCAAGGAUAUCCCGGCUUACAUCCGCCUCAGCGCCAUCCGCCAGGUCGUGCAAUACUCCGAGGAAAACUUCCUGGGCGAGCCAAUGAUAUAUAAUAUACUAGACUGGCUGGAGGUCAACUUCCCUGCAGUCAUGGAGAACCCGGGCAAACUACGAGACAUCUCUACAGUCAUGGCGGCCCCGUCGGGUUCGACGUCGACCAUUGAAAUGCCUGUCCGUCAGUCGCGCAAGAAGACAAAGGAGAUCACAUGGCAAGCAGGGUCGCCGCAGAGUCUUUCUAUUCGUGAGGCAUGGCAGGCUAAGCAGUUAACCAAGGCCCAGCAGGAUAUGACGGAGAAGCGAGAAUCACUUCCGGCGUGGAAUAUCCAGGAUGCCAUCAUCCGGGCCGUCAACAAGAAUCAAGUCACCAUCAUCUCCGGUGAAACGGGAAGUGGUAAAAGUACUCAGUCGGUGCAAUUCGUGCUGGAUGAUAUGAUCCAGCGCAACCUGGGCGGAAUCGCGAAUAUUAUCUGCACCCAGCCACGAAGAAUCUCCGCCCUCGGUCUUGCAGACCGAGUCAGCGACGAGCGAUGCACGUCUGUCGGCGAGGAAGUCGGAUACAUCAUUCGCGGUGACUCCAAGGUCAAGUCCGGCGUCACGAAGGUGACCUUUGUCACCACUGGUGUCUUGCUUCGUCGUAUACAAUCUGGCAGCGGCGCAGAUGGCAAUGUCGCUAGCUCUCUCGCGGAUGUUACCCACGUUGUGGUGGACGAGGUCCACGAGCGCAGUCUUGAUACCGACUUUCUGUUGGCUCUCCUGAGGGAUAUCCUUCGUUUCCGCAAGGACAUCAAGGUUAUUUUGAUGAGUGCAACCCUCGAUGCCAACAUCUUCAUCGACUAUUUUGGUGGGCGUGACCGUGUUGGUCUGGUAAACAUUCCCGGACGGACAUUCCCUGUGGAUGACUACUAUCUGGAUGAUAUAGUCCGCGACACUGGGUUUUCGCCGGAGUUCUCUGAUCGGGAUUUCGACGAGGAUGCAUCCUCGUCACAGGGCGACGAGUCACUCGGCAAGCUUCUUCGCAGUGUCGGCAUGGGAAUCAAUUACGAUCUCAUUGCCUCGACGGUCCGAUACAUCGAUGCCAUGCUGGGGGAUCAGCCAGGAGGCGUGUUGAUCUUCUUGCCCGGUACUAUGGAAAUCGACAGAUGUCUGAACGCCGUGAAGAGGAUUCCCAAUGCCCAUCCUUUGCCAUUGCAUGCCUCUCUGCUGCCCAAUGAGCAGCGACGCGUCUUCCUCAGUCCUCCAAAAGGCAAGCGAAAGGUCAUCGCCGCAACCAACGUUGCCGAAACCUCCAUUACUAUCGAAGACAUCGUCGCCGUCAUCGACACCGGCCGUGUCAAGGAGACGAGCUACGACCCCAAGGACAACAUGGUCCGACUCCAGGAAGUGUGGGCCUCUCAGGCCGCCUGCAAGCAACGCCGUGGACGUGCCGGUCGAGUAAGGGCUGGAACGUGCUACAAGCUCUACACGCGCAAGGCCGAAGCCAGCAUGGCAGCUCGUCCGGACCCUGAAAUCCGCCGCGUGCCACUCGAGCAGCUCUGCCUGUCUGUCAAAUCCAUGCAAGGCGUGGACGACGUCGCCACGUUCCUCGCCAACACCAUCACUCCACCGGAGAGCAUCGCCGUCGAAGGAGCCCUCAACUUCCUGCACCGCGUGGGCGCCCUCGACCACGACCGACUCACAGCCCUCGGACGAUACCUCUCCAUGAUCCCCGCCGACCUCCGAUGCGCCAAGCUCAUGGUCUACGGCUCCAUCUUCGGCUGCAUCGACCCCUGCAUCACCAUCUCCGCCAUCCUCACCGUCAAGAGCCCCUUCGUCUCCCCCCGCGACCGCCGCGACGAGGCCGACGCCGCGCGAUCCUCCUUCUCCAAGGGCGACGGAGACCUUCUCACCGACCUCUCCGCCUACCAGCAGUGGUCGGAACGAGUCAAGGCCCACGGCUACUGGCAGACGCAGUCCUGGUGCGGCGGCAACUUCCUCUCGCACCUAACCCUCCGCGACAUCUCGUCCAACAAAGCGCAAUUCCUCACCUCCCUGAAAGACGCCGGCCUCCUCCCCGUCGACUACUCCGACACCACCUCUAGCGCCGACCCCCGCUGGAACCGCAACGCCGGGAACCGCGCGCUCCUGCGCGCCCUCGUCGCCGGCGCCUUCCAGCCCCAGAUCGCGCAGAUCUCGUUCCCCGACAAGAAAUUCGCCAGCUCCGUCACCGGCACCGUCGAGAUCGACCCGGACGCCCGCACCAUCAAGUACUUCAACCAGGAGAACGGCCGCGUCUUCAUCCACCCCAGCUCGCUCCUCUUCUCGGCCCAGAGCUACCCCGGCGCCGCCGCCUACCUUAGCUACUUCACCAAGAUGGCCACCAGCAAGGUCUUCGUCCGUGAUUUAACCCCCUUCAACGCCUACUCCCUCCUCCUCUUCUGCGGCUCCAUCUCCCUCGACACGAUGGGCCGGGGUCUCGUCGUCGACGGCUGGCUCCGACUGCGCGGCUGGGCGCGAAUCGGUGUCCUCGUCUCGCGACUGCGCAUGAUGCUCGACGAGAUCAUCGCGUCGAAGAUCGACAAUCCGAACGAGAGCGGCGGCGGCUCGGGCACAGCGAACCAGGUCAUCGAGGUGGUGAAAAAGUUGAUUGAAUUUAAUGGGUUGGAUCAGUGAUUUCUUUUUUUGGGUUUUCUUGGUUUUCUGGAGGUAGAGAUUGGGUAAAUGAGGGGGUGGGUGGGUAUGAAAAGUUAUAUAUAUAUACACACGCACG